CCUUUUCAGUUAUAAACUUAUAAUGCAAGUACAGUUACAUUAAAUAAAAUUUAAAAAGAAAUGAACUGUGAAACACGAUAAAAAAGAUCAUCACUAGGAAACUUCCAGGAAACUCCCAAUGGGUAACUCAACACACUUCACUCUCCCAUUUAACCUCGCCACUGUCUCUCCUUUCUUCUCCACUUUAAAAAAACUUUCCCCAUCAAAAAUAAAUCUUUUAUUUCCCGCAAUGAAAUUCGCAAAACUGAAUCCAAAACGUUUGUUCAGAUCCAAAGACCGUUCAACGGUCUCUAAAUCCACCGCUUCCUCUUUCUCCUCCGGCGCCGCGGACGAGUGUAAUAAUCACUCCCCCGCCGUCACCGGAGGCUCCGUCACUCCCACCAGCAUCCUCCCGGAGGUCUCAGCCGUUCAUUCUCCCUACUCGUACGUCGAGAUCCUCCAGGCGUUCAAGCUCAUCGACAGAGACAACGACGGAGCCGUCUCGAGGCACGACCUCGAGUCGCUCCUCACGCGCCUCGGUCCCGAUCCUCCGACGGAGGAGGAGAUCGACGUCAUGCUCAAGGAGGUGAACUGCGACGGAGACGGUACGGUUCGCCUGGAAGAGCUCGCCAGCCGCUGCGUCGAUGAUGAUCAGUCUCGCGGUGGCUCGGACGAGCUGAAGGAGACGUUCGAGUUCUUCGACGCGGAUCGCGACGGUAAGAUCUCGGCGGAGGAGCUUCUCCGAGUUUUCUCGGCUAUUGGAGACGAGCGGUGCACGUUAGAGGAGUGCGAGCGUAUGAUAGCGGCCGUUGACGAUGACGGUAACGGAUUCGUGUGCUUCACUGAGUUCUCGAGAAUGAUGGAUCUCCAGCGAUGAUCUCUCUUAAUUAGUUUUUUUUUUCUUUUUGUUAAAUGAAGCUCUUUUUGCCCUAAUAUGUGGGUUAUGAGUAUCGUUUGUUAAGUUUGCCUGAGAUUCGAAGAGCCGAAUAAAACAUUAGUGAGAGACUAAACGUUACUCAUUUCAAAA